GGGACUCCCCAAGUGGAUCUGUGGCCAUCUGUCAGCGUUCAUCAAUAUGUUCCCCAUCAGCGAGCCACAGAUCUUUCAGAGAGCAGCCUGCUGCUGGCCGGAUGCUGAAUGAAGAUGAAGGGUGGGUUAAUACUGGCUUUCGGCUGGUGAGGUGGGGCUGCCAGAGAGAAGGCACCCACUGUUGGGAGCCUCGCCUUUUGCUGUGAGGAGGGAACCUGGAGGCUUGCACACCCAAAGGAGACAUCUAAGCUGCAGCAAGCUGCAGCAGCAAAGGGAAACGUGAGCUUGAACCAAAACAGGGGGCAGGUGGAACCCGAGAUGUCAUCGCUGGUGAAGGAAGACUUGGAGAAAAAACUGUUUAAGCCGCUGGCGCAGAAUCUCUGUGAGUUUAUUGAGAUCGAGUUCUCAGUCCAGGACAGAUAUUACCUCUGUGUGUCAGUGACCAAAACUGAUGAAGUAAAAAUAAUCAUGGUGAAACACUACAGGGUAGGACUAGAUGAAAAGUACGAAGUAACAAAAAAUUGGUCUUUGAAUGACCUGCGGAUGAUUGACGGAAAAGAAGCAGAUACGGACAAUCCAUUUUUUGAUCUGCAUUUCAAGAAAGUGUACAGCUUGGAGGCUUACAGCUGUGCCUCAAAGUACUCCUUUGCUCGAACGGUGAACAGGCUCAAUCACGUGUAUCUUAAGAAGGAUUUACACAUUGUGAACUUUGAUUCUACCUACAUUAAUGAUGACUCCAUUUGGUCCUCCAACAACAAGGACUGCCUGGUCCUCAUGAGAAUAUGUUUUUAUGCUUUCAAUCUUGUGUGCUUGUCUCUGUGUCCCCUGCCACUUUGAAGAUGCAGCCCUAAGUCCUUCACCAAUAUCCGAAGAAAAUGGCCCCCCAACUGAGUAUAAUUGAAGUUUGUUUUUCCUCUUUCUGGAUGGCUAUUAUUUAUAGUAAACUAAGAUGAGGCUUUGUGAAUUGCAAUGAAAUGUGUUUUAGCGUGAUUGUUCAACAGCUGGAACUUCUUUGGUCCCUUGUGUUUCUCAGU